AUGGGUCACCAUUCUUGCUGCAACCAACAAAAGGUUAAGAGAGGACUUUGGUCACCCGAAGAAGAUGAAAAGCUCAUCAGAUAUAUCACCACCCAUGGCUAUGGAUGUUGGAGUGAGGUUCCUGAGAAAGCUGGGCUUCAAAGAUGCGGCAAGAGUUGUCGUUUGAGAUGGAUUAAUUACUUGAGGCCUGAUAUAAGAAGAGGGAGGUUCACUCCAGAGGAGGAAAAGUUGAUAAUUAGCCUUCAUGGUGUUGUUGGAAACAGAUGGGCUCAUAUAGCAAGUCACUUGCCAGGAAGAACAGACAAUGAGAUAAAGAACUAUUGGAAUUCUUGGAUUAAAAAGAAGAUACGAAAGCCUUCAGCACCUCCAACCAUAACCAAUUCAACUACUAGUACUGAUCAUGCGACUAUAAAUUAUGCCUCAAACCAACUAGAUUUAGUGCAUCAAGAUUUGACAAGGCCACAAGUUCAAGAAACCCUAUUCUCAUCUUCAGCUCCCUUAUUUAUGUUUGACACCAGUACAUCACUUGAUGGAAUUGCUGAUAGUAGUGUUCGUGGGGAGCUUUUUCAUGAUUCGGCAAGCAUGAACACAGAAACUUGGAAUUCAAGCCAGCACCAUCAAGUUCAGGCAGUACUGCCCCACCAAGCAACUUUUAGUAUUGGAAUGGAUACAAAUUACUUGCCUCCAUUGAUUGACAACAUGGAGAACAUGGUGCCUAUUGAAAUGCAAUCCUGUAGCAUGAAUGAGGAAGGAGAGAUAUCAUUGGAAUGCUUGCAAAGGCAGGAAUUGAAUAUUGAAUGGGUGGAAUCCCAACAAUGCUCAAACUUUCUUUUUGGGAUAAUGUUGAAGAAUCAGUACUUGGUGGAGAAGAAAUGGCACCAACUUCAUCAAGUAUGGGGGCUGCCACACUCUCUUCUUUCCCUUCAUCUUUAUAAGAUAUUUAUGAUGGUGAAAACUACCCCUCGAUUUCCCUUUUCGCUUCAUCUUUCUAUAGAGCUUUCAGAAUGGUCCAGGUUUUUGAAGACAGUUUGUUGA